GUCAGGACUUGCCCUUCUCUUCACACGAGUAAGGAAAGAAAGAAUAUGGCGCCUGUGUAUAAGAUUGCUGUUAUUCAAUUGUAUCCGAAGCCUCUAGACCAAAAGGGCAAUCAUGCCAAAGCCGUGACUUUCCUCCGGGAAGCAGCAGCUCAGGGCUGUGAUCUCGCUGUGUUGCCGGAAUACCAUCUCACUUCCUGGGUCCCUGAAUCACCCGAGUUCAUCCCUCUUUGUGCGGAGUACAAGACGUAUUUAGAGGCUUACUGCCAACUGGCUAAAGAAUUGAAAAUGAACAUCGUCCCGGGCACCAUAGUCGAAAAACACACCUCAGACACCUCCCCCGACGAGCUGCACAACGUAGCAUACUUCAUCUCCUCCACCGGCAGCAUCCUCUCCUCCUACACCAAGAAAAACCUCUGGCACCCCGAACGCCCGCACCUAACCUCCUCCUCCCAUACGCCGCACGCCGCCUUCGACACCCCGCUCGGCAAGUGCGGCAUGCUGAUCUGCUGGGACCUCGCGUUCCCCGAAGCCUUCCGCGAACUGAUCGCCGGCGGCGCGAAGACGAUUAUCAUCCCCACGUUCUGGAACCUAAGUGAUUGUAAUGAAGCGGGUCUCAAGGCGAAUCCGUUGAGUGAGAAGUUGUUUUUGGAGAGUACGUUGGUUAGUAGGACGUUUGAGAAUACGUGUAUGGUGGUCUUUGCGAAUGCGGGGGGCCCGGAGGGGACGCGGAUCGAGAAGGGGGGGUUUCUGGGGUUGAGUCAGGUGGCUGUUCCGUUUAAGGGGGCGUUGGGGAAGUUGGGGCAGGGGGAGGGGAUGAGUGUUGUGGAGGUUGAUAUGCAGGUGCUGGAGGAUGCGGAGGAGAAUUAUAGGGUUAGGGAGGAUAUGGGGAGGAGUGGGUGGCAUUAUGAGUAUAGUUUGAAGAGGGAUGUUAGGACGGGGUAGGCUGGAUGGGUUGUGUAGAAAUUCGUCUUUGUAUUGGGAAUAGAAGGUGGGUGAUAUCAAGCUGCACAUUGGCCCAUCUCUCAGAUCUUAAGUUACACUCGGGACUGAUCCCGUUUCUGUUGUCUACCAAGUUCUGGGACAAUAUUAUCUUAUUUUCCAGCUCUUUUUGGGGUGUGAUUGUAUCACUUUUGCUGGGUGAUUGACACUCAUAAAGUACACUUCGCUUCUGAACAUUGGACAU